GAUUGGCUGGGAGCUGGAGGAGCGUGGUCCCGGGGCGGCCGGUGGGGUGGUCUGCUUCGGCGCACGCGAGGCUUUGGUGGUGGCCGCGGUUCUUGUUAAGUGAGCGAGCCCGGGGGAACACUCAUCACUGGGUUGGCAAGACUCAGGAAUCCCAAAUUCCCGAGGAGGCGUGGCGGCGGGGUGCCGGCCGGUCGGUGAGUGCGAUCCCGGGAGUCCCAGCGCCCCGCCCCUCCCUUUCUUCCGGGGCCGCGCCGCGCCCCCCUGGAUCCUGGGCCGUGGGGUUCUCUGUGCCAGCGGUCCCCUCUCGCCUGCUGCACAGGUCCUGCCUCCAAACCCACAGAGGCGGAACUGAGAGGCCCUCAGGACGAUCUUCUCAUCAGCGCUUCGUACAGACCAUGGCCGAACCGCUGAAGGAGGAGGACGGCGAAGAUGGCUCUGGGGAGCCCCCUGGGAGGGUGAAGGCAGAACCCGUUCACACCGCUGCCUCUGUGGUGGCCAAGAACCUGGCCCUGCUCAAAGCCCGCUCCUUCGACGUGACCUUUGACGUGGGGGACGAGUACGAGAUCAUCGAGACCAUAGGCAAUGGGGCCUACGGGGUGGUGUCUUCGGCGCGCCGCCGCCUCACGGGUGAGCUGGCUUCCUGAGGCUCAGCAUGUGUGGACUGCUUUCCAGAGGCGGUGAGGAACCCGCACGGUCCCAGGAGGAUCAGCUGCGCCGGGGAUUCUGGUUCCACUCACGCUUACGGACUAGGGCCCUGCACACAGUAGGUACUUACUGCUAUCUGGGCUCCAGAAGAGCAGUGCUGGAAGGGACCUGCAGCUAACUUGAAGGUACUCUCUGGUAUAUGCCCUUUUCCUGCUCCCCAGGCCAGCAGGUGGCCAUCAAGAAGAUACCUAAUGCUUUUGAUGUGGUGACCAAUGCCAAACGGACCCUCAGGGAGCUGAAGAUCCUCAAACACUUCAAACACGACAAUAUCAUCGCCAUCAAGGACAUCCUGAAGCCUACUGUGCCCUAUGGAGAAUUCAGAUCUGUCUAUGUGGUACUGGACCUCAUGGAGAGCGACCUACACCAGAUCAUUCACUCUUCACAGCCGCUCACCCUGGAACAUGUGAGAUACUUCCUGUACCAGCUGCUUCGGGGCCUCAAAUACAUGCACUCUGCUCAGGUCAUCCACCGUGAUCUUAAACCCUCUAACCUUCUGGUCAAUGAGAACUGUGAGCUCAAGAUCGGUGACUUUGGAAUGGCCCGUGGCCUCUGUACUUCCCCUGCCGAGCACCAGUACUUCAUGACUGAGUAUGUGGCUACUCGCUGGUACCGUGCCCCGGAGCUCAUGCUUUCCCUGCACGAGUAUACGCAGGCAAUCGACCUCUGGUCUGUGGGCUGCAUCUUUGGUGAGAUGCUGGCUCGGCGCCAGCUCUUCCCAGGCAAAAACUACGUGCACCAGUUACAGCUGAUCAUGAUGGUGUUGGGAACUCCGUCACCAGCUGUGAUUCAGGCUGUGGGGGCUGAAAGGGUGCGAGCCUAUAUCCAGAGCCUGCCACCAAGGCAACCUGUGCCUUGGGAGACAGUAUACCCAGGUGCUGACCGCCAGGCCCUCUCCCUGCUGGGACGCAUGUUGCGAUUUGAACCCAGUGCCCGAAUCUCAGCUGCUGCUGCCCUUCGCCACCCCUUCCUGGCUAAGUACCAUGACCCUGAUGAUGAGCCUGAUUGCGCCCCACCUUUUGACUUUGCUUUUGACCGUGAAGCCCUUACCAGGGAGCGCAUUAAGGAGGCCAUUGUGGCUGAGAUUGAGGACUUCCAUGCACGACGGGAGGGCAUCCGCCAACAAAUCCGCUUCCAGCCUUCUCUGCAGCCUGUGGCUAGUGAGCCUGUGUGUCCAGAUGUUGAGAUGCCCAGUCCCUGGGCUCCAAGUGGAGACUGUGCCAUGGAGUCGCCUCCUCCAGCACUGCCACCAUGCUCUGAUCCUGCACCUGACACCGUUGAUCUGACUCUGCAGCCUGCCCCGCCGGCCAGUGAGCUUGCUCCACCAAAAAGAGAGGGUGCCAUCUCCGACAAUACCAAAGCAGCCCUCAAAGCUGCCCUGCUCAAGUCCCUAAGGAGCAGGCUCAGAGAUGGGCCCAGUGCACCCUUGGAGGCGCCUGAGCCUCGAAAGCCCGUGACAGCUCAGGAACGCCAGCGAGAACGAGAAGAGAAGCGCAGGAGGCGACAAGAGAGAGCCAAGGAGCGGGAGAAGCGACGACAAGAGAGAGAACGCAAGGAGAGGGGGGCUGGUACCUUGGGGGGCCCCUCUACUGACCCUCUGGCUGGACUGGUGCUCAGUGACAAUGACCGAAGCCUGCUAGAGCGGUGGACUCGCAUGGCUAGGCCUCCUGCCCCUGCCCCUGCCCCAGCGCCAGCACCAGCGCCAGCACCGUCCUCUGCCCAGCCCACUAGUACUCCUACUGGCCCCGUAUCUCAGUCUACUGGUCCUCUACAGCCUGCAGGCUCUAUUCCGGGUCCUGCCUCCCAGCCUGUUUGCCCACCCCCUGGCCCUGUUCCCCAGCCUGCUGGCCCUAUCCCUGCUCCGCUCCAGACUGCCCCUUCCACUAGCCUUUUGGCCUCCCAGUCACUUGUGCCACCUAGUGGGUUGCCUGGUUCUGGUGCCCCAGAAGUUCUGCCUUACUUCCCAUCUGGCCCACCACCUCCAGAUCCUGGGCUCACCCCUCAGCCUUCUACAUCAGAGUCACCUGAUGUCAACCUGGUGACUCAGCAGCUGUCCAAGUCUCAGGUGGAGGACCCCCUGCCUCCUGUGUUCUCUGGCACUCCAAAGGGCAGUGGGGCUGGCUACGGAGUUGGCUUUGAUCUGGAGGAAUUCUUAAAUCAAUCUUUUGAUAUGGGUGUGGCUGAUGGGCCACAGGAUGGCCAGGCAGACUCAGCCUCACUCUCAGCCUCUCUCCUUGCUGACUGGCUUGAGGGCCAUGGCAUGAACCCUGCUGACAUUGAGUCUCUGCAGCGUGAGAUCCAGAUGGACUCCCCAAUGCUGCUGUCUGACCUGCCUGACCUCCAAGAGCCCUGAAACCCACAGCUUGUGCCUUGCUGCCAGGAUAGACCCAGCAUCAAGGUCCAGGGGUGCGAUCCAAAGGGCUGCACCCUGGGCCUGGCAGGUGAGGCUUGGCUUGAGUUACUCUGCAGGUUCAUCUCAGACCCACCUUUCAGCCUUAAGCAGCCACCUGAGCCACCACCGAGCCAUAACAGGACCAGGAGACUCUACUCCUCCCUGAGCAGUCUUCUCCAGUAUUGUAUUUUUUAUUAUUGUUGUAAUAUGCAUUUGUUUUGCCAUCAAAAUGAGGCCUGUGAAAUACAAGGUUUUCUUUAACCUGA